AUGUUCACACAAGAUCAUGAGCAAUUAGACACCCAUGUUAUUGAGAAAGAGUUGAGGGAUGUUGUCAAAAAUGAUCCAACCAUAAAGAUUUUUUCACUUCAACAGACUCUUUACAAUAAGUACCAAUACCAACCUUCUUAUUUUAAGGUGUGGGAGGUAAAAGAAAAAGCAAUUGGUAAAGCGUUUGGUGAUUGGGACAAAUCUUACCAAUUAUUGCCAAAAUGGUUGAAAGCUUUGACUGAUUCAAACCCGGGCAGCGGGGUUGUUUGGAGAACAAUAUUUGCUACUAUGCCAGGCUGUGCGAUAUUCGAGAGAGUGUUCUGGGCUUUUGGUCCAUCAAUUGAAGGUUUUCAACAUUGUAGGCCAAUGAUUAAUAUAGAUGGAACUUUCCUAUAUGGUAAGUACAAAGGUACAUUAUUGAUUGCAUCAACGUGGGAUGGUGACAACAGACUUUUUCCACUUGCCUUUGCCACUGUGGAGAAGGAAACUGAUGAUAGCUGGUAUUGGUUUUUGCGUUGUAUUCAGAUUAAUGUCACUAAUCGGGAAGGGUUAUGUAUCAUAUCUAAUCGUCACCCUGGUAUAAUGGCAGCGAUACAGACUAUAUGUCAAUCGACAUAUUGGUAUCAUCGUUUUUGCCUUCGCCAUGUGGCUAUCAAUUUCAAUCAACAAAUUGGGAAUAAAAACUUAAAUGCUAUGGUAAUAUGGGCAAGCAUGGAGAAUUAG